AACUUCAUCAUGUGUAUGGGGGUUAUGUUUUUUUCUAAUAGGUGAAAAGUCUAUUUUCUGAAUCCAAGUUUUCAAAGUUGAAAUCGGAGUUCCAAUGGACUCCUGAAACUGUUUUUUUUUUCCUUCAUCUUGAAGAAGGAAAGAGAUUGAUGGUUUAUAUUGAUGGGUACUCUAUACAAUUUUCUGAUCAAUACUCAUUUUAAUUUCAAGAAUAUGACUUGUUUUAACGUGCUUUUCUUUCGAAAUUUGGUUCCUUUUGGUGGGUUUUUCUUGGUCUCCAUCUCUGCCCUGUUUUUCUCUCUGUUUGAGUUCUUCAGCGAAGCUUUCUCAUGGAUUCAAAGUGAUAAGAUUUCCGAGCUCAAAUAUUCGAUUCCAAUUGAAACAGAGAAUGUCACAGCAGAGAAAAAUAAGCAAACUGAACUUGAUGCUAUUGAGUCAAAGGUUGAAGACAGUGAAUUCAUUGAAGAAAAUGAAUCCCCAAAGCUCAUUUUCAAGUUUCAGUACCAAACCCAGACGUUUGAAGGAUUCAGGAAGAAAUUUGAAGAAAACGAGACUUGUAAUGUCGGCCUAGACUCGUUUCCUUGUACAAUUACGAACAAGUAUGAGUUCAACUCAGAGAAUGGGCUUUGUUGUAUAAUGGAGAAGCCUGAGGAUUUGAGCUUCUGCGUGAAAGAAUCAUACGCUGAUUCCAGCGAUGGGUUAUCGUCACAACAAAAUUUGAAAGAUUUAUCAGAUAAUGAAGUUGAUGAACCCCAAAACAGAAAACAAACUGACUGCGCUGUUUCAGAUACUAAUACGGAUUCCAUUACUUCAAGCCCCGAAAAACCGAGUAGUUUUGAAGAAGAUUUUGUGGUUGAUUCUUCAAGGAACAUUGAAGAUCAAGAUAUAGAGGGAGAGCUAAGAAAAUUAGAAGAGUUUGACGACCAGAAUAAGGGUUCAAAUGCUUUAGAAACUUCAGAUUGUGAGGAUUUGAAUAGUUUAGAAACUUUAUGGGAACAUCAGGAGCUGAUAGAACAGCUGAAAAUGGAGCUGAAAAAGGUUAAAGCAACAGGCUUGCCAACAAUCUUAGAGGAAUCAGAAUGUCCAAAGAUAAUGGAUGAUUUGAAGCCAUGGAAGAUUGAUGAGAAGUUCCAAUAUGCAGAUAGAAUGACCGAGCUUCACAAAUUCUACAAGAGUUACAGAGAAAGGAUGAGGAAAUUCGAUAUCUUGAAUUACCAAAAGAUGUACGCUAUAGCUUUGAAAUUUUGGGAAAAAUUAGCUAAUGCAAGGUCUGAUAUUGGUGUAGAGGACAGCUUGAAGGAUACAAGGAAAGGUAGAAGAAAAGGAAGAGAUGAUGAUGAUGAUGAUGACGAUGGUGUAAUUACAGCUGAUAUGCUAUUGGAGAUGAUGGAGGUCUCGAUACGAAUAUUUUGGCAAUUCAUUCGAGCCGAUAAAGAUGCAAACCAUGCGAUCCGUAAGAUCAGGAACGGAGCUCAAGUGGAACCUCUAGAGCCAGAUGAGCUUCAACUUUUGGCAACACUUCAAACAAGUUUACAAAGGAAGGAUAAGAAGCUUAGAGAGGCUUUAAGAAGUGGGAAAUGCAUGUUAAGGAGAUUGAAGAAGAAUGAAGUGGAUAAUUCAGUUCAAGUCCUUUACUUCUUCUCUCAAGUGGAUUUGAAAUUAGUAGAAAGAGUUUUGAACAUGUCUAAACUGGCCAAAGACCAACUUUUGUGGUGCCAUGGCAAAGUAAGCAAUAUUAAUUUUUUUAAUAGGAACAUUAAUGUUGAACCUUCUUUUUUGCUCUUCCCCUGCUAAUAAUAUACUAUAU